AACCCUCCUGUAUGUAUGAGAGAGGAAGAUUGAGAGAGAGCCAGAGAAGGAAAGAGAAAAAGAAAGAGAGAACGUGUCAGUUUGGAGAAAUGUUACUUGUGAAAUCUGGCUCACUACUAGGUACACACAUCUCUGACUGCUUCACUCUCUUUUUCCAGUUUGAAUAUUGUUAUGCAUGCAUGUCUGCCGUGCAUACUGUAGUGUAAAUGAAGGAUAGAGUCAGAUACUCACAAAUACAGCCCCAUUCAGCAUGUCUGGCACAACCAUUGGUAUAAACCCCUGAGAGAGAUGGAAAAAAAUGAUUUUCUUUCAAAGUAGGGAGACAUUUAUUUAUUCAUCACUGCUACAGUUGUUAUGAUGUAUAUAGUGCUAUUUCAAUUUGCUGUUUUUUUAUUACCAUUUUCAUUAUUUUAUUUCACAUAGUCCUGCAUGUUGGAGCUCAGCGCAACUAAGAUGUUCUCUGUACCCUGCAAUCACACCUGCAACCCUGUACAUGUGAGUAUUAAAAACACUCUGAAUCUGAAAUGAUAAUCACACAUUUUGAAGAUAUAUUCAGCCACAUUCUCCCUAAUACCCUCUGUUCGACUGUGUUAUCUUACACACGCUGCAGUGUUUCCAAGGCGAAGUUCUAUAAAGCAGACUGGAGUCUGGCCCCCGCUUCCCUUAGAUAGUAUGACCUGAGACAUGGGCAAGAUGCCUGCAGAGAGAAGAUCAGCGUAAACCACAUGAGAUGGUGUAAUGGGAAUAUUCAAGGUGCAGGUUGAUGGUCACUAAGAUUGCAGCUGAAUGUUAUGAAUUACUUGAUAAUGAUUGAUGACCCUAGGCUGGAGGUACAGGGACAGAGGACACUGAUUAUUAUUGUAUUGUGUGAAACAGUGUGAUUCUGUAGCAGUUGUCACUGCCUUUUGUUUUCACUUCAUACAAGCCUCUCAGGCUGGUGUAUACAGAACAGUUACAGUAUCUACUUAUUAGGUUAUAAGGACCUUCUCAGAGCAGACCAGUAAGACAUUUUCUCUGCUUCUGUGCUGGAGGUGUCUCCCUGUUCCAACUGGUAAUAAACCAGAUAGAUUGACUUUACCAACAACUGCUCUCAUUUUUGUUCACCUGGAAAUUAUAGAGGGUGAGUCGGUAACUACGAUUUCAAAAAAGAUAAGACAAUCGAGGGGAAAUGAGAAACAAAAUAUUGUCAAUCUUUGAAUCUAACUAAGACCCUGGCGACCUGCUGUAGAAAUGUUUUAUUCUAGACAUAGAAAGAACUCAAACAAUAUUAAGCACCCGGUUACUAAUGACAAGCCCAAGGCUACAUAUUGUUAACAACAACACCAGAGGAUAACGCUGGUGAGCUCCUGUUUGGCUGCACUGUUGAUGAGGUUUAUUUAUGCGUUUACCUGUAGGACUUUGGCAAGAACACUGGGACUGGAGGAUCAUGUGAUGUGUGUGUGAAGAAGAAGAAAAUUAGAUAUAAAGAGAAACAUCUGGAGAGAAAAAAAAGAAUCGUAUUCUUUCUAUUCAGCCUUGAUGUUAAAUGAAAAUACCAUAAGGUCACAGCAGGCAAGACAGAACAUACAGUACAUUAGCUAGGGCUUUCUUGUUAUUCUGAUCCCGUGAAGAGAAGGAAAAUGUUGAUCACAAUAAUCCCACAAAAGAAUAUCUCAUCAUAACAUGAAAACAAUGUUUCGAAGCACCGUUAUUGGCAUCAUUGUCAAUAUAUCAACUGACCACAAGAGCCCGAACUCUGUGACUUUUCACUUUCUUCUGCUCCUCCAGCUGUGAGACUUCCUCACGCACCACCUCAAGUUGCUGCCAGACACACACUUACAUCAGAAACACACCACUGACGAAGGCCUAUAGAGACCAGGCAAUGUGCUUGAUACAAAUGCAGUAGCCUACACCGCCACAUCCAGGGAGGCUGUAUUCUAGGGUGACCAGACGUCCUCGUUUUCCGGGGACAGUCCCCAGCUGGAGCUGUCCCCGGACAUGGCCCCGUUUUUAACUGUGCGUUAAAAACAGAUCCCAAAGUGAAAUAUUUUACUUGACAAGAAAGACCGGGCAGCAGAGCCUACCGGUUGACGUCUCAAACGCGUUGUGCUUGUUUUGUCCAGCAGAGGGCGCUGCUCGCUAUAGCAGCUUCAUUCACUCUUCUUCUACUAACUACUUGCUCGCGAUAGUUUUAGAGAAAACUGCCGUGGAAAACUCGGCCAGAAGCUAGCAAGUAUCAAGUGAAUCCACAACAUCACCAGAAAUGUAUUUUCAAGCCAGGCGGUCUGUUGUUAUAGCCUGCAUGGUGGUUUUGAGAACCAUGAGCCGUGCUGCACCCCACACUGGAGGCCGUACUCACCCAGACCAGGACAGGCGGAUCGGAGGGUGGGACACACGGAAUGCAACUGUCAGCUUUCCUUAUUGACUGACUACAGACAAUCGGGCUUAAAGGUGAAGCUACUAACUGUCUGGCCCCUGGUAACAUCCACACAAUCGGAGCCCAGGACAGGAGAACGAAGCAGGGUAGUCUCCCUUGAAUCAAGGUAAAGUCAUUUUGUGUCACUAUUCCUGAAUGUACCCUGUUGAUUUUCUCAAUAAGAGGGAGCACUAGGGAAUGCUGCCUUUGAGAGCUUUGCAAGACAUUCAUUCAGCCUGUAGCUUAGUGUUGGAUACGAUUCAUAAAGGGCUUUGAAGUUUAGCUUGACCAUGAUCCUCUAAUUACUCUUAAAUAGAUUACUAACAUCUAUCUACAUCAAAUCAUAAUUAUAACUGGCCACCAUCUUGUGUAUCUGGCUCCUUGAGACAGAAAUAAUGUUUUUUGUUGUUAAAGGUUCCUGAUAUUCCUAUGUAUAUUAUGUUGACGCUUGACUAUCUUCAGAUGAGUGCAGUCCGUGGCGGAACGAUCACCUGGCGGCCACAGCCCUGGCAGGACGGGGACGGUGGGGGCGGGGAGCCCCUCUCGGACAGCGACUCCGAAGAAGAGGACUUUCCCGACGACAGCACCACUCCUUUAGGAGACUACGUCACACAUGGGUUGAAGCAGCUACUGGAUGCUCAGCAGUUGUGUGACGUCACUCUGUUAGUGGAGGGGAAGAGGUUUAUGUGUCACAGAAUCCUCUUGGCAGCCGUCAGCCCGUAUUUCCGUGCCAUGUUCACUAGCCCGUUGGUGGAGUCCCGUCUCACUGAGAUCCGAUUGGAGGAGGUGACGCCGUCAGUCAUGGAGACCGUCAUCCAGUUCGUCUACACUGGGGAGGCAGGGCUCUGCUUGGACACGGCCGAAGACCUGUUUGUGGCGGCCAAUCGGCUUCAAGUGAUGCCUCUGCAGGAUCUGUGCUCCAGGUUCCUGUUUGAACACCUGUCUGUGGACAACUGCCUGGGCAUGUACUCUUUGGCCCGCUCCCACCACGACCAGCUGCUCCUGAGGGCCUCUCUGAGGCUGGUGGCCCAGCACUUCCCCCGCGUGGCCCGCCAAAAGGACUUCCUUCUGCUGGACCCAGGCACCCUGGGCAGCCUGCUGGGAUCUGACCGCCUGGGCGUAGACUCUGAGGCAGAGGUGUACGACGCUGCGCGCCGCUGGGCCGAGCACCAGCCCCUGGACCGUUACAGCCACAUGCCGGCCCUGCUCCACCACCUCCGCCCCGGCUUGCUGUCCCUGGAGGAGAGCCGGCGGCUGAGCCAGGAGCUGGGCCCUGCGGCAGCCGGGGAGGGCCUGGGAGGCCCACUGAGGCCCCGGGAAGGCAUGUUCGAGAAGAAGAUUGUGUGUGUGGACCUGAAGCCGCGGGAUGACGAGUUGUUGAACGAGAGGGACUUCACUGUGGACUGCUUCGACCCACGUACAGGGAAAUGGGAGAAGCUGGCUGCCCUGGGCUCUCUGCUGUGCCCAGGUUGCACGGCCAUCGGGGGGCGGCUGUUCGUAGCGGGGGGCAUCCUGCGGGGGGGCACGGUGUCCACGGAGGUUCAUGAGUAUGACUCUGUGUUGGAUCGCUGGCAGGAGCGGUCGCCCAUGGUGCAGCCCCGAGCCAUGCUGGGUCUGCUGGGCUGUGGGGAGUCACUCUACGCCCUGGGGGGCUGCAACAGAGGAGCCAUGCUGGACUCCUGUGAGAUCAUGGACCUGGCCUCUCUCCAGUGGGGCCCCGGGCCCCGCCUGCCCCUGCCGCUGCGCUCCUUUGCCUGUGCCACCCUGCGCGGCCGCAUUUACCUUUUGGGCGGCACCACACUGGAGCAGAACCGGGCUGUGGUGCACGCUGGCGUGCUAAUCUACCACACCCUGACUGACUCAUGGACCCGUGUGGGACUGGACUCUGGCGCCACCUGCCUGGCUGGAGGGGUGGCGGUGCGGGGAGGGGUCUGUGCCAUCGGAGGCUACAUGAGGGACGCCACAAAGUUUAUAGAUGGAAACUAUACCCAUCUGGAACCUCUCGACGCCACGGGGCGGGUGCUGUUCUUCAGGGAGGGCCGGGGCUCAGGAGUGGAGCGGGAGGUGACGGGGGCGGUGGUGGCAGAGAGGAGCGGGGGGAGCGACCGAGCCCCUAGUCCGGUGGUUUUCCCAGGGCUGCCGAGGCGGAUCGCUGCCGGGGGCGUGGCCAGGUGGAAACGCAGGAUAUACGUGCUGGGCGGGGAGAACGGCUCCCGUUUCUAUGACAGUGUGUACUGUUGGAAGCCUGGCUGGCGCAGCUGGGUCCAGAGACGGGAGAAACUACCCGGAGACACGGGGGGAGUCAGCCAGUUCGGCUGUACCACCCUCAAGUUCCCCAAGAAACACAUCCUGUCCCGGCUGAGACUGGCUCGGGAGGACCGCAAUCCUGAUGAUGACUAGCCACAGCAGGACUAAUGAGCUGUGGCUAAGACCAGCAUUCAUGGGGUUUCGAUAAUGAAAUUAAAUGUAAUUAACUUUUAACACUUGAGACAGUGGGGGGAAGGGACUCGCAUCUGAAUGUAACCACCAUAUGCCACAAAAACGCUCAAGUCCUUCUCAAAAAUGAUUUGAAUGUAUUUAAAUGGUUUGAAACUUGUCUGCCUGUUGAACACACAUCCUCAGCCUUUGCCAAUUUAUAGGCCUAUGCAGCCGUUAAAUUCCUAUGUUGUGAAUGACUGGCUGUGAAUGUUUGGCAGGGCUUACAUUUGUUUAUUGAAAUUUGAUGAGGCGUUUUCAUUUUUUAUUUCUGCCUUUUCUAUCCCAAACUUUCUGAAAUUCACCAAAGGAUCCCACUUUCAUGUAACUUUAAUAUUUCACUAUCCAGUGAUUCCAGGGCCAUGUUUAUUAGGCACCAAACAGAAGAAAAUUAGCUGAAACGGGGAAGGACCACCUACCUGGACUUGUCCAAUAACCUAUACAUUCAUUUUUGGUUUGCAUUGCAACAUUUCUGAUUGAGAGGGGGUCAAAUACUUAUUUCCCUCAUUAAAAUGCAAAUCAAUUUAUAACAUUUUUUACAUGUGUUUUUCUGGAUUUGUUUGUUAUUCUGUCUCUCACUGUUCAAAUAAACCUACCAUUAAAAUUAUAGACUGAUCAUUCCUUUGUCAGUGGGCAAAUGUACAAAAUCAGCAGGGGAUCAAAUACUUUUUUCCCUCACUGUAACAACAAGGGAUACCCCCCAAUACCUCAUAAGAAAAACAUCACCUCACUGAUGUAAUCUGAUUUAAGUUUUUGAACUGAAAGACAAAUUGAUAAUUUGAUGACAGUUAUUCUAUCAAAUGAUUAAAGGACAUAUUUGCUUAAGA